AUGUCAGCUGUGACCGCAGUCAGUAAUCCUCCACCAACUCCCAUUGAUACUCCAACAACAAUUAAAUCAGCUUCAGCAACAAAAACAGGCAAUGAAGAAAAGAAAAAGAAGCGAAUUAAAAGGAAAUCAAACCGACAUUCACGUAAACAACCAACUCUAAAAACUAAGGUCGUCGUUAGACGACUUCCUCCCAAUCUUCCAGAAGAAAUUUUUAUGAAUUCAGUUAAGCCCUGGGUAUCUGAAGAAACUGUCGAUUAUACCUUAUAUGUUUCGGGUAAAUUAAGUAAAAGCGGAUUUGAUGGUCACAUUUUUAUUGAUAAUCGUGGCACUGAAAGUAGAGCUGUUGUCGAGUUCUCACCUUAUCAAAAAAUCCCUAAAACAAGUAAAAGUGUAGAUGCUCGCCAAGGGACCAUUGAUGAAGAUCCAGAUUACUUGAACUUUUUAGAAUCUUUAAAAGUUGAAGAAGCAACUCAAAAUGAGCAACAAAGUGAGCAUGCAGAUGGUCUUACUCAAAUUGAAAGAUUAGAAAAUAGGAUUGCCUUGGUAACAGCUCAAACAUUAGCAGCCGAACAAGCGAGUAAACCUAAAACAACCCCUCUCUUGGAGCACAUCCGUGCUCAAAAAGCUGCUCAAGCAGCAGCGAAGGCUAAAGCAGCAGCUAAAAAAGCGGCUAGAAGAAAGGCUGAAAGGUCAAAUACGAAAAAGAGUGGUACUGAUCAAGCAGCAGCUACUAGUCAAGAUGGUACUUCAUCACCUGUGGCAGAUACAAAGAAAAAGAGAGAAAGAAAUAGAAAGAAGAAGGAACCACGGUCAUCGAGACCACCAAAGGAAGGUAGUAAUAACAAGCCCAAAAAACAAAACAACAACAAUAGAAAACAAAAUAAUGAGCAACCUCAAGUCAUAAAAAUUCUUGGACGUCAAUCAUCAUCAUCACCUGGACCCAACACUACAGGAUAA